CUCUAUAAGGGCCUGAGAGAGAGAGAGAGAGAGAGAGAGAGUAAGACAGACCUGGAGAGAGACAGUGGCAGCAUCAGCAACUAGAGCAGCCGUGUCUCUCAGGCUUAAGGAAGAAGAGAGCCAGCCGCUUCUGUGGAUUACAGGAACGUCAGUAAGCCAGGCUGGACUGGAAGGAGUUUUGACUCCUCUCUCUUUCCUUUCAAUCUGUUUGCCGCGUUUUCCAGCUCUUACUGUGCCAGUUACUCUUCCUACUGUGUGCUGUAUCAUCUGAGAUCAUUCAGAGAUGUGUGGGGUGCUAGCUGACUGUUAGCAGUGCUGGGUACUGAGAGAGAGAGGCACAGGAGAAGAGGGGAGGAUGCCGGCCCCCCUCAGGUUGAGGAGGGGGGCCUGCAGGUCAGCUAUCCCAUCUCUCUCCACCAUCGCUGAGGAAGAGGAGGGACAGCGGAGCCGCAAGAGACGAAGGAAAGGAGGAGGCUCUGACUACCUUUCUAGAACAGAUGACAAGUCGUCAUGGAGUCGACCGGACUCAUCAGCCUCUGGACAGUACACGUACACCAUUCCCAGCCCUACAGAGAUACACAUCGUUACCAGACCAGAGCCUCUCAUGCUGAAGAAUGACGAAAGGCAGAGACUCGCCCGUGAACGAAGGGAGGAGCUAGAGAAGCAGAAUGUUGCACGGGGUUCCAAGUGGUUGGAAAGAGAGGAAAGAGCCCGACAGUUUCAUGAGAGACAGCUGGAGGAACGCAGGAAAAAGCUGGAGGAGCAGCGAGUGAAGGAGGAGAGGAGACAUGCUGCUGUGGAGGAGAAACGACGGCAGAAACUAGAGGAGGAGAAGGCCCGGUAUGAGGCUGUUAUCAGGAGGACCAUGGAGAGGAGUCAGAGAGCCAGGCCCAAGUCAAACCGCUGGAGCUGGGGUGGAACGCUCCCUGCUAGCACCUCACACAACAACGGUUUUGAGGAUUCUGCUCUCUUUUCAUUGGAUCUAGCUGGGCUGGAGCACUAUCAUGGUGUUUACAGCUUGGCGCGACAGCAGCAGUUUCGAUCGAAAUAUACUGACAGAAGGUCAGUCUCCACUAUGAAUCUGUCCAAACCCACAGAUCCAGUCAUUUCCAAACGCCUGUCAUCUUCCUCAGCCACCUUGCUGAAUUCACCAGAUAGAGCCUUACAGAAGCAGACAUCUCUCUCGUCGUCUUGCUUGAUUAAAAAAACACAAUCUAAAUCCCAAAUCUCCAAAAAGAAGAUACCUCAGGACAAACCAGCAGGUAUGCGUCGCAUGCCUCUUACUGCAUGGGAGAAUACAGUGAUCAGUCGACUACAGACACCAACACACUCCUACCUGGCCAGGAGUCGCAGCGCCAUGUCUUUGUCUGGAGAAGCAGUGACCCCCGUUUGUCCUCGCUCAGCCUCCUGUCAUCCAAUGAGCUCCAUGUCCUUCAAGUCCAUCCAGUCACGCAGUGCUGAGCGACCAAUCAAAGCAGGCCUUAAUCUUGAGAGACCAAUCAGAGCAGGGUUCAUCCCUCUGGACAACAGCCCUCUUAGAAAGACCACCCAGAAUUUGCCGAUUGACAGGAAGGAUAAAGAUAAUGUGAGAAAGUCAUGGAGUAACCUGUCAUAUCCCACUACCAAUCUGAGCCUGUUCACACACAAGAGAUCUCUUUCACCUGUCGGCCAUCGCAGCAGGGUCAGCAAUCCAUCCCCCAACAGGGGCUCUACUACUAAACCCCCUCAGAAGACACCUAACCCUAACAAGUCCAGGUCUCCACCUCCUCCAGCAUCAAUUCCUCUGUCUCCUAGUAACCCGUCCUUAUCGGCAGGCAAUCUCAAGCCUAACAGAGUGACAUCAGAGAGCCUGAGAGCAACUCCAGAAGGAGAGGGGGCCAAAAAAGAGGAUGUAGAACCUCCCAAAAUUGAACCAGAGUCUCCUGCAACCAAACCAGAGCCUUCUGCUGAAGUUUCUGGAAGUUCUCCAACAACACGGCCCUCUGCAGGCACAACAGAUCCUGAGGAGGCAUCACGUCUGCUGGCUGAGAAACGACGGCAGGCCAGAGAACAAAGAGAAAGAGAAGAGGAGGAGAAGAGACAGCAGGAAGAGGCUGAACGGGAGGAGAUGGCCCGCAGGAAGGCAGAGGAGCGGGCGAAGAGAGAGGAGGAGGCACAGCGGCAGGCUGAAGAGAAGAAGAGACGAGAGGAGGAGGCGAAGCGUUUAGAAGAGGAGAAAGCACAGAGGGAGAGAGAGGAAGCUGAACGCCUGCAGAAACAGAAAGAGGAAGAGGAGGCUCGCCAGAGAGAAGAGGCAGAGCGUUUGCGUCUGGAGAGAGAGAAACACUUCCAGAAAGAGGAGGCUGAGAGAAUGGAGAGGAAGAAGCGCCUUGAGGAAAUUAUGAAACGCACACGCCGAUCUGAUCAGAAAACCACCCCACAGAGAAAUGGCGAUGUCAGCCAGCAGAGCGGACAGAAUUCAGUGAGUUCAAUAUCCAGCAGCCCUUCAGUGACAGUGUCAGCCCCUCAGGCUCCGGAGACCUCUGAGACAGUAUGCAGUGACAGUAAUGGACACACAGGGCCCAGCUGCGUUACACCCAUACUGCCCACAUCAGGUCACAGUGUGGUUGUCCAGCUCAGAGAAAAUGGCACUGUCACAGAGGCUUUCGAGGAGGUCAUAGAGGUUCCCGUGGGGACCAAACUGUCCCGUCAAGAUGGAGAUGGAGAGGAGGUGGAAAAUGAAGAAGAGGAGAAGAGAAAGGUUCCCUUAUUGGCUUUCAGAGAGAAUGGCAGCAUGCAUAAUGUGAGUGGACUGGAGGAAAACCCGGCACAGUAAAGUUCAGGUCAGUCAGUCCGGACACAACAUGGAUUUGGGGUGACAUGCGAUGGCCCCUUUACCUUAUUUAGAUUUUUUCCCAUUAUAGAUGUAUGAAUAUUUAUAAUGGUGGAAAUGGAACAUGCAACACAGGAAUGAAAGAAAACUGAGUCGGAGGGAGAUCCCCUCAAUGCACUUUCCUUCAUUUGACACUAAGACACCUAAAAUAGCAAAGAGAAAUUACUAAAUUAAGAUCUCUUGGCUUCUACUUCCUGUAAUCAGAUCCUGUCUCCUCAAACUGAAAUGGUGUGCUUUAGGAACCACAUCUGUCAUCUUUCUAAUACUUGAAGAAAAGUGUCGUCGCUGUCGUGGAGGCUCCUGUGAAGUGCUAACCAUAAGGAAUGUGUGACAAGAGAAUGAUGUUUUUUGUGUUUGCUUAGAUUUAUGGCAAAACCUUGUAGUUUUGCUCUCGUUAUGCCAGCAAUUGUGUGAGUGGCUGAACUCUCUGCUUAGUUUUAUAAUUAUUGUUCAAAUGAAGAGAACAUAUUUGUUUCCCUCUUUGCAAAGCUUGAACAGAUUUUUGCCUCUUGAAUUAUGAAUUUUGAUAUGGUUUGCAAAGACCUCGUCUCACUCCACCUCAAUGUACGGCUCUCUACGCAGUCUGAGCGAAGCAAAACUGUCAUCCUAUUUUUUUGUGAUGUGACUGGGUGAAUCGGACUUGCUCAGGAACAUAUCCAUGAUAUGUUUAACUCAAAAUUAAAUGGAAAAAAGUAUUAGCGUUUAAAUUAAGCACACCCUUUCAUUUCUUAUUACAGUAAUUGUGGGGAAAAUUAUUAUAUAUUAUGUAAAGUGUGAAGUAUGUACAUUGUGUAAACAGUUGUUCUAUUGCCUGUAAUUAAUGCCGAUUCAAAUAAAAAAAAUGUAUUACCUUUUUUCCAUUAGAUUUUGGGAUGAAAUGUGACCUGGAUGUGUUUUGGUGAGAUUCACCCUGCUGUUGUUUUCAGUAGCAUUAAUCACAGACAUCCGAAAGCAACUUGUACUAUAGAAACUUAUGCUGUUAUAUUCAUUACAUUAAAUAUGACGUCUGUUUCAUCGGUAGAACCCAUACAAGCUAAUUGUUAAAAAUCCUUCAAAAGUAAUCAUAACAUAGUAAAAAAACAAGCAGAAUCUCUUUAAAUUGAAAUGCUGCUACCUGUCUUUCCUCUGCCUUAUCAGAUGAAGUGAAGUUUUGAAGAUUUGUUUAUAGAGCUGUUGUUAAAGGGCUGAUUUGAUUUUUUGUUUUUGAAAAAUCCUGUUCAUCAAUAAGCUCGUAACAUAUGACACCACCAUCAAAAGUAUCCUAUAUAGGAUGACAUAUAAAGCGAUUUAUCUUAUAAAAGACCAUCUCAGUUUGUUUUUGUUGUAGUCAGUAUCGGUGGAUGGUCAAUGGACACCAUGCAAAAAAAAGAAGCAGGGAUCAAUUACAUAUCUUGAAACCAAGAAACUGUAAAUCUUGAUAUAUGCAAACGCUAAGAAAGUAUGCAUAAAUGUUGCACAAAAUCUGUUUGUAAGAGGGUGGGUGAAGGUUUAAAACAAGUUUGUUUACUGAGACGUCAGGGAGCGAUUUCUCAGUGAAGAAACAGCACUUCUGAUAAAGCUCCCAUGUGCCCUUGACCUAACGAACAGCACUGAAUACCACUUUAAAAAACUGAAGCGUUUUCUCCCAACCAAGUCGACCUAUAUGCAUGUACAAAUGAUGAAAAUCAAUAAAGUUUUUAUCUGGAAAC